AUAAUGGCGGCCAGCAUUGCAGAGGCCUCAGCGGAUAACAGAAAGCCCGAUCUUCUUUUCAAGCUUGAGGGCUUUGGAGGUGAUGUUAACGAUGCAAUAUUUGCAUUCAAUAAAGAUGCGAUAAUUACGGGGUCUGAUGACAGAAUUUUGAGAGUAUGGGUACGGAGAGAUGGCAAACGAUUCUGGCCAUCUGUUUGUGAGCUCCUCCCCAGCUCUGUAACAACUUUAUUCUACUGCACAGAAAUGAAAAAAAUUUACGCUGGUUUAGACAAUGGGACAAUCGUAGAGUUUUUACUUGCUGAUGAUACUAAUAGUUUAAAACAUAUAAAGGAUUACCUAGCCCAUGUUGCACGUGUCACGGGAAUAGUGUGCGCUCUUGAAAUGGAGUGGCUUGUUUCUACUUCAAAGGAUCGCACCGUCGCUUGGUAUCACCUAAAAAGUGGAAGUCAAUUGGGAGAGUAUCUACUCGAGUUUCCUGGGACAUGCAUACAGUAUGAUUCUGGCUCUAACUACCUUUUUGUCGGCGACACCAGUGGGCGUAUCAGUCUCCUAUGUUUCUCCCUAAAUUCAAAUGGAGCCCGAGGGGAGUGCCGAAUGAUUCGCGAGCUACAGGGGCACGGUGAAUCAGUGAACUAUCUUGCUUGGGAUGUUGCUACUUCGCGUCUCCUCUCUGGGAGCUCCGAUUCGGUUGUCAUACUCUGGGACAUUGGUGGAGGCAAGGGUUCGGCUUACGAGCUGCAAGUACAGUAUCUUAACUAG